GUGUUUUCUUUUUCCUUCGAAUGAACACAUCUGGGAGGAUAUGGAGAAGAAGCUUCACCUACAUAACAUAAACCAUUAACAACAACAGUAUCUUAAAGCAUCUGUGAUUCUUCUCCGUUUCGUCGCUUAAUACUAGCGACGAUUUCAAUCCUUAUCCUAUAAUUGAAACCAGGAAGAGGAAUCAUCAUGUCGGAUGCUUUGAUUAAUGGAUUGGCUGGAGCUGGUGGUGGGAUCAUUGCUCAGCUUCUCACUUAUCCUCUUCAAACUGUAAAUACGCGCCAGCAAACGGAGCGGGAUCUGAAGAGGGAGAAGAGGAAACUUGGAACUAUCGAACAUAUGUGUCAGGUUGUCAAACAAGAGGGAUGGGAGCGAUUAUACGGUGGUUUGGCGCCGUCUCUCGCUGGAACGGCUGCGUCACAGGGUGUAUACUACUACUUCUACCAAGUGUUUCGGAAUCAAGCUGAAGCUGCAGCUCUUGCUAGAAGUAAGAAAGGGUUGGGUGACGGAUCAGUUGGGAUGUUCUCUUCACUUUUAGUAGCAGCCUUCGCUGGUGUUGCUUGUUUAAUGGAGCCUUCUAGGUGGAUGGUCUUAAUUUUUACUGUCAGAUCGGUUAAUGUUCUUAUGACGAAUCCAAUUUGGGUGAUUGUUACACGCAUGCAGACCCACAGAAAAAUGACAAAAGAUCAAACAGCUGCCUCCGAGUCGUCACCUUCUUCUGAUGAACAAGCUCUGGUUGCAGUUGAGCCGCGUCCAUAUGGAACCUUUAAUACGAUUCGAGAGGUUUACGAUGAAGCUGGAGUGACUGGCUUCUGGAAAGGUGUAAUUCCAACAUUGAUCAUGGUAAGUAAUCCAUCAAUGCAAUUUAUGUUGUACGAGACAAUGUUAACCAAGCUGAAGAAAAAGCGUGCAUUGAAGGGUAGCAACAACGUUACCGCUUUGGAGACAUUUCUUCUGGGAGCUGUGGCUAAACUCGGAGCUACAGUCACAACUUAUCCUCUUUUAGUUGUAAAGUCGCGACUUCAAGCCAAACAGGUCACAACAGGGGACAAAAGACACCAAUACAAAGGAACGUUGGAUGCAAUCCUGAAAAUGAUUCGAUACGAAGGGCUUUACGGGUUUUACAAGGGGAUGAGCACAAAGAUUGUGCAAAGCGUAUUAGCGGCUGCGGUUCUGUUCAUGAUCAAGGAAGAGCUUGUGAAGGGAGCUAAGUUGUUGCUCUCAAACGCAACCUCUAGCAAAAUCAAAUCCAAGCCUUCUUGAAUUAAAAAAACGCUAUCACCAACUAGCAUUUUUAGAUAUAAGAUUGAAAUAAAUAAAAAUAGAUCAAAUCUCCAAUAGUUUCUUGAUUAAAUUAUAACACUAUUGGGAUUGUCGUGCAUUUCCAUAAUGAUUGCAAUUGAUUAUUGUAUUUUCUGCAAGAUUACUGGAUUGGACGGUUUAAUACCUUUUACGUUUCGUAGUAAUGAAAUCUCUCAAUAAAAUUUGGCAAAUUUGUUGUA